GUGGCAGUUAGUUUGGAUUUUGAAAUGGCGCGUAAUACUAACGACUUUCAAAUAUCCGCGCGGGGACAUAACCCGGGAGUGGCACUCUGAAGAGUUUUCAAACAUCAGGCGACAUUCGUGGUAUUCAAAGAAAGAGGCGGAAGAGGGUAUCCCGGCCUCCAAAUGGGGACAAAAAGCAUGUUCACAAUGUUAAAGUCUGGAUGGAGUACCCUGUUGCGAGGGGAUGCUGCAGCAACGAAGAACGAACUCAAGUCGGAAAGAAUUUCAAGCGAUGAUGGCUUCUUUAUGAUUCCUACUCGCAAACGGAGUCAUGUUGGAAACAUUUACAAUAUGACAACUACUGGUGAUCUGAAAGUAAAGAAAGAAAAACCGCCUAGUCCUACUUCGGAAUCCGAUGCAGGAUCGAUGCAUGUUAGAUUUGCCUCUGCCACAGAGGAUGCCACCAGCACCAGUGUGGAGACAGAAUCUGAAGUGUCAGUUUCGCCGCCAGUGCAGACGCCGACGCGGACUACUCGCCGACCAAUGUUACGGCGCAUGAUGACAAUCGACAUGACCGAAUUGACUCUAGAAGGAAUUCCCUUCGAAUCCUCGACUUAUGAUCUGGAAAUGCAUAUUCGAGAGAUACUACGAGACAAUCCACCCCUUAGUCCGAGGCUUCCUGAUGUUAAUUUUGACUUUUCUCUUGAAAAGACUGUGUUGCGGAGAUGAAAAUUCAAGGAGGUUGGAGAGACCUACGUCAUAAUUUGAUAUUGCUGUUGACAUGCCUGGCGUUUACAACCACACCAAGUUAUGUUAGAAUUCAUAUAUUGAUAUGGGCGCUCCUUUCUUGGGCGCUUUCCCACGCAUUUUGACAAACAGCUGUUAUAUCUGGUUGUAAUUUGCAUCCCUUUGGCGCCAAUAAUGGCCCGGUCAAAAUAGUGCUUGAUAUGCAGUCAUAUUUAUUCAAAAUUACUGCCAAAACGCGUGCAUAUUGGCCCAGGUAAUCAAAGCAUAUCUACUGUUUCCGUGGGAGGGUUUAUAACCAGCUAAAUUUGUUAAAUGCCAUAAUUUAAAUUCAAGGUAUUUGCAGCAAAUAAACAAUUAUUGCGUUUGCAUCAAACAGUUAGGAUUGUGGUCUGAAACCUACCUCACAAAUUUUUGCAAUUCCUGGGCAUUUUCAAUCUGGCGACAUGGUUUCGGUUGAUUUUUUCUUUCUGAUUCUUUAGCGGUUUCCGUUGUUUUUAAAUAAAAAGCAACAAUCUAUUAAAUUCCCAUUGUUUGGAUCUCUAACUCAGAGCCUAAGUGAUAUCCCUCAAAGAAUUUUCCGCCAAACGUUUAGCAAUACUAUUAAACUUUUGUUAAUAAUCGUUGCCCCCAUAAACCCCUCGAACACUUGAAUGUUUCCGUGUUAUCUCCUCAGUGGCAUGACGAGAAUUUCACAAGAGCAUUAAUCCUGAAAUCCCAUCAGCAGCGGGCCCACAGUAAUUCUAAGCACUUCUUUCUGUUUUUUAUCUCAAUUGGGUCAAUGGUCGAAAUUUAACGACGUCAAACGGGGAGUUAGAAAACUGUUUUAAUUAAACAUAAGAAGCCUUUUUUACGGUAAUUUUAAAUCAUCAGUUCAUUAGAAUUUUCAAAUAAAGCAUCGUUGAUUAUGUAUACCGCCGAUAGCAAGUUGAUCUUAAGCAAUAAGUUUUGUUUUUAAUGUUUAUUUUUUAUCAAAACAUUGAUAUUAAGUUAAUUUUUUAUGACAGAGUUUUUUGUUUUCUUAUCGACGAUCGAACUGCCGUUUUUAGAUGCUGGGUAAAUUGAUACCGUACUGUGUUUUAUUUCAUAAACUUUGUUUCUUUUUAUCUUUUUAUUCAUCAGCAAUUUCUUGAUACUUUCCAUACGUUGCCGAAUUGGCGAUACCGGCUUCCGGUUCAAGUUAUGUUUGGAAACAAAACAGUAUAUAUUAUUUCCUCUUUACUGUCUCGCUUCUAGGCAAAAAGGAAUUUAGUUCGAAUUUAUUUUGAAUGCCUCGUAUGUCCUCAAUGAAGGAAAGUGUAACUUUGUAAAAAACAGCCGGAAUGGAUUAAUUCAUGUUGACAAAAUCAGCUACUUUUCUAUCGGAAUUGUGUUAACCUGGGAAGAAUUUGUAACCAUAUGGUUAUAGACAAUACAUAUAAUCACUUUUAAUGCCCAACAUACGAAGUCUUAAAAAAUAUCAACAAUCGCCAUGAUACUUUUAGUAAGUUUUGAAUUUAUCAAUGUCAUAAUAUUUCCUUUUCCCUGAUGAAUUAUGUUUUCAGUUUCAUUCGCCUCUAGGGACUUUUUUAAUUUUAUGAAAGUUAUUUUGGAACAGCCCGUUUUCCUUUGGGAGUUUAGUUAAAUGACGUAGAUAUGUUAGUUGAUAAUUUUAAAUAUUUUGGGUAAAUGGAAUUCUUUCGAUUAUGUAUUUUGUUUUUAGAAUAAUAUAUAUACUAUACGUGUGUAUCAUUUUAAUGUAAUUUAAUGUCUAUUUUGUUUCGUGUAGUUACUUUUAUGUUAAUAUUAAAUGCAUUUUGACCAUAAAGUUACAUUUGCACUUCUUUAAAACACUGUAUAUAUUUUCAUAAGAAAUAUCGUAUUUUCCUUAAUUUAA